AUGGCCAUUCCAUAUCCUGAGGGAGAAGUCUUCUUCAUGCGCAGUGUCCUGCGCAACAAAGACCCCGCUCACUACCAGGCCGACAACCCCGAGCACUUCUACUCCCACUUCAUGGUUGAGUAUAUCUGGAACGUUGAGGCUGACCACGGUUCCAAGAAUGCAAAUUCUUGGACCGGUCACUAUCACCAGCGCUCUCCCUACGCCAUCGUCAUGGGCAGCAGCUGGAACACCCACUACGGAAACUGGGCGCAGUUGCCCUUCAGCUACGGUCCUCGUGAGACAGAUAUCAGAAGACGCCUUGAGCAUAAUCUUUGUACUAAUGGGAAUCGGUUCAAGAACCAUGAGAAAGGAGAUGCUGCUGAGGCUUGGUUUAUGACCAUGCCGAUGCCGACCAAAGAGGAACGAUGGGUGUGGAUCGAUAUGCUUGCUCGAAUUCGAGCUAUUUACAUCCCUGUAGCUUUCUCGGCUAGCGAAGACCAUCCCAAUCUCAGCAUGUGGCUACAGGUAUCGUUCACACAGAACAGAACCGUGGACAUCUGGCGCGGAGGCUCGACUUUUAUGGGUCACGAGACAAGCACCACCAGCGGCCUUGACGUAUGGCGCGAACACACCAUCGGGUUCGACAUCACGGGUUUGACUGAGCUUUUGAGCUGCCCUCGUCAGUUCCGCAAGGUGAACCCCUACGAAGCCAAGUUCAUCAAGCUUGUCCAUCGUGAUAACAUCCGAACUGUGCCUGUUAGAGCCUCGUACAACGAUGCGUACGAUUUUAGCUGGCUUACCAUUGCACAAGCGCACAGCGGUCUGAACAUCGAGUGGGGCAAGGGUGAGAAGGGAAGUUGGUUUGAGGAUUUCUUUAAGAACGCUAUUACCUUUGCUCUAGGCUUUGUGCCCGGUGUUGGACCUCUUCUCUCCAUCGCAUUCAGCCUAGGAUGGACAGCAGUUGUCAACCCUGAUCGGUUCAUGUAUGAGCUAAGCCUCUGGGCGCCGUCCGUCAAGAUCCCGGAGCUGUUUGAGGAUGACGUGCGCAAGAACUCGGCCGAGAUCAGGGGACUUACGCAUGAGUCCUUCUGGAAUAUGGGGCCUGCUGAGGCUCUGGCUGAGAUUAAGAAGCUUGAGGAGGAGGAGAAGAAGCAGCAGAAGGUUUCGGGAGAGGUUAAGUCGUACUUUCAGCUGGCGCAUGAAGUACUCCGUGUUGAUGAGGCGAAGUAUGAUAAGGAAGCUGAUGCUGAUGAGGAACCUGGCGAGGUUCUAGUAACGGUGCCUCCUCAGGAGGGCCCCACUAAUGGUCAGGCUUCUGGAGACAGGGAUCUCCAGAGUAUCAUUGAUGCCAAGCAUACCCCUCAGUUCAGUCUCCCCAUAAUUUCUCAACGACUUAUUACUGUCGCGGCGCUCGUAUCUGUUGUCGCAGGACAGUCAGGCGGAAUCCAGACAGGUCUUCAAUAUGGCGAGAACUGGGCACCUACCACAAAAGACUCCGACCUCGUCUCUGCCAACUUCCCUAACGUCAACAUCACUCUCCGAUCGCCUGCAUUUUUGAACCCUGAGAAGGUUCCUGCUCGCUUCUCAAACGGCACGGAGGGACCUACGGACGAUAUUGAACUCGAUUACUUUAUCCGCAACCUUGCACAGAAGCAUGACUGGAUGUCCUAUGAAUCGGCAGCUUUUCAAUCGGAAGAAGGCCGUGCUAUUCCAUAUGUCUUCCUGUCCCUUAAAACCAACUCGAGCAGCGACAAGCUACGCAUCUAUCUCCAGGCCGCAAUCCACGGUAAUGAGCCAGCUGCUGAUGAGUCCGUUCUUGCGUUCUUGGGUAAGAUGGAUGCUGAACCGGCGUGGGCAAAGUCGAUCUUGGAAAAGAUGGACCUCAAGAUCCUCCCUCGGUAUAACGUGGAUGGCGUUGCGUAUUUCCAGAGACAGUUGGCAUCAAACCUCGACCCUAACCGAGAGCAUCUCAAGCUCAUGCGUGGUCAGUCAAGGGAGAUCAAGCGAGUCGUCAGUGAAUGGAACCCUCACAUAGCGCUCGACAUGCACGAGUUCACUGUGCCUACAAUCUACGGCGGCCACUAUCAACAUGGCGCCGACUCUCUGCUAUCGGGCGGCAUCAACCCCAACAUCCAUCCCAAGAUUCGCGAGCAACUGCUCGACUUCUUUAUCCCAGGUGUAGGAGAGAAGCUUGAGUCUCACGGCCUCAGGUGGGAGCCUUAUGUAACCGGGCCUUCGAACCGAACAGAAGGUUCACGCAUUCGCUUCACUGAGGCCGUGACCGAGGCACGCACUGGUCGCAAUGCGGUCGGGCUAACACAAACGAUCUCAUUUCUCCUCGAGAUGCGGGGUAUUCGUAUUGCCAAUCAGCAUUUCCAACGUCGUGUUGCGACUGCUCUUAUCAAGAUCCAGACUAUUCUUGAGUUAGCGAGGGAUAACGCUGAGAAAGUCAAGUCGGUUGUCGAAGAUGCUCGUGAUGAGUUCAUCAACAGCGAUGAUGAUAUCGUCAUCACAGAUUCUUAUGUCCCAGAGAAUAGAACAUUGACCAUGGUCGAUACUCGUAAUGGUAGUGUCGUUCAAGUGCCGAUUGACUUCCAGCGGACUACCCCAUCGAUUGCGAAUCUCACCAGGCCCCGGCCCGAAGCUUAUGUGAUCCCACGAACGUGGUCUGACGUUGCCGAGAGACUGGAAAUCUUGGGCCUGGAAGUUGAAAGGAUGAAUUACGAGUUUCGACGGACCUUGGAAACCUUGACGAUUGAGUCUUCAGUCGCUGAACCAGAGCUGUAUGAAGGCACUUAUCUCAACACGGUCACCACCAACUCAACUAGUCGAGAAGUUGUGCUGCCGGUCGGAAGCUACUACGUUAGCACAAGGCAACAGAAUGCGGCCUUGGCGUUUAUUGCUCUGGAGCCAGAGAAUAUUGAUAGCUAUGUCAAGUUUAACAUUAUCCCUGUUGAAGCAGGGAUGGAGUAUCCUGUAUUUAGAAUCCCGCGGGAACAAACUCACUAG